GUGGGCACAGCAGAGGCCAGAAGAGCAGCUGUUCUUAGUGGAUGGAGCCAGAGGAGUUAAGUUAAAUCCAUGCCCGGGUCUGGGAGAAUCCAGCAUGGACUGUCUCUACUGUUUCCUGGGAUUUCUGCUUCUGGCUGCAAGAUGGCCACUGGAUGCCGCCAAACGCUUUCAGGAUGUGCUGGGCAAUGAAAGACCUUCUAGUUAUAUGAUGGAGCAAAGCCAAUUAAAUGGCUGGUCCUCAGAUGAAAAUGAUUGGAAUGAAAAACUCUAUCCAGUGUGGAAGAGGGGAGACUCAAGGUGGAAACAUUCCUGGAAAGGAGGCCAUGUGCAGGCAUCUCUGACCAGUGACUCACCUGCACUGGUAGGCUCAACUAUAUCAUUUGUGGUGAACCUGGUAUUUCCCAGAUGCCAAAAGGAAGAUGCCGAUGGCAACAUAGUCUAUGAGGAGAACUGCAGAAAUGAUACCGGCCCGUCUCCCGAGCAGUAUGUUUACAACUGGACAGCAUGGGCAGAGGACAGCGACUGGGGAAAUGGCAGCAGCCAUGGCCAUCACAACGUGUUUCCUGAUGGGAAACCUUUCCCUCGCCCCCCUGGAUGGAAGAAAUGGAAUUUUGUCUACGUCUUUCACACACUUGGUCAGUAUUUCCAGAAAUUGGGACGGUGUUCAGCGAGAGUUUCUAUAAACACAGCCAACGUGACACUUGGCCCUCAAGUCAUGGAUGUCACUGUUUACAGAAGACACGGCAGGACAUAUGUUCCCAUUGCAAAAGUGAAAGAUGUGUAUGUGGUGACAGAUCAGAUUCCCAUAUUUGUGACGAUGUCCCAGAAGAACAACCGAAAUUCAUCUGAUGAAACCUUCCUCAGGAACCUCCCUAUUAUUUUCAAUGUCCUGGUUCAUGACCCCAGCCAUUUCCUCAAUAAGUCUGCCAUUGACUACAGGUGGAACUUUGGGGACAACACUGGUCUAUUUGUUUCCAGCAGUGAUACUUGGAAUCACACAUACGUGCUCAAUGGAACCUUCAACCUUAACCUCACUGUGCAGGCCACAGUGCCUGGACCUUGUCUUUCACCUUCCCCCAGGCCUCCACUAGUCACCACUUCUCCAGUGCCUACUAGUGACAACCCCUGGGAGUUGAGAGAGAGUUCUGAUGAAAACUGCCAGAUUAUCAGAAAUGGUUACUUUACAGCCAGCAUCACAAUUAUAGAGGGAAUUCUGGAGGUUAACAUCAUCCAGAUGACAGAUGUCCUGAUGCCCAUGCCACAGCCUGACGACUCCCUGGUGGAUUUUGUCGUGACCUGCCAGGGGACAAUUCCCACAGAGGUCUGUACCAUAAUUUCCGACCCCACUUGCCAAAUUCCGCAGAACACAGUCUGCGACCCUGUGAAUGUGGACACAGGCUACCCCUGCUUGCUGACGGUGAGAAGAGCCUUCAGCAGGUCUGGAACAUACUGUCUGAACCUCACUCUGGGUGAUGAUGCCAGCCUGGCCUUCACCAGCACCCUCGUCUCCAUUCCUGGUAAAGACACAGCCUCCCCUCUUAGAAUGGCAAAUGGUGUCCUGAUCUCCAUUGGUUGCUUGGCUAUAUUUAUCACUGUGAUUGCCUUCUUCAUGUACAAAAAACACAAGGAAUAUAAACCAAUAGAAAACAGUACUGGGAUCGUGGUCAAAGGCAGAGGCCUGAAUAUUUUCCUCAGCCGUGCAAAGGCCGUGUUCUUCCCUGGAAACAAGGAAAAAGAUCCACUGCUCAAGAACUAACCAGAAAUUCUUUAAAUAUUCAGCCUUAUUUCUGAACAAUGGCUUACUAUUUGAUGCCACUCUUUACAUGAGCUGUGCUAGAUGGAUUCCUUUUCACUUUUUUCACUGAAGAUUACUCUAAAUAUAUACUUUGGUUCAAGGAGGUCUACUUUUUUUAUGGAUUAAAUGUCAUUACAGUGAAAUGAAGAGGAAUGAUACUGCAUGAAACCUCAGACAUGUUGUAUUACUGAGAAAAGUAGUUAGCCCUACUUUCUUUCAUUGUGAUUUGAGUUUCACUUAUGCUGAUAGGUGAUUUGUGGAUAGAUGUACCGUGUCAACUGAAUAGUGGCAAAGGUCCUGUUUAUUAGAGCCUGACCUAGGUUGGACACUUUCUAGCUUUCCAUAUGGCCAGAUGCAUGGAAUGAAUGUGUUCCUGUCCUUAAGAUCACAGUCCAAACUAACCAAAUUGUAUUUCAAUGAACAUGUAUGAUCUGCCAGAAGAAUGAUAAAGGUCAAGUCUUAAAUAUGUGGUGUGUGGUUGUUAAACUAAAAAGAAAAAGCUUAUCUUAUAAACAAGUGGGAAUAUUUUCCUGACAAUCUGCCAUGACUAGCUAUGUGAAGGAAUGACAUUCAUUCAUUCAUUUAUUCCAUGGGCAUUUCGUUAGUGCUUUCUGUAUAUUAUGCAUGUUGCUAGGUGCAUGGGCCUGCACUUGGAGUACUCACACUCCUCUAGCUACAUCUAAAUUUCUAUACAUGCUGGCGCUUGCGUUUGAAAUCAUGUAUUAUUAUUUUUCCAGAGAAGGAGGUCCCUGGUUUUCCUGUUUAAGUGAUAUAUUUAGAAACUUGAUCAGUAAAGUUUGUAUCUCCAUUUGUAACUAAAACCAUCUACCAUGUGAGACAUGACAUUUCUUUUUUCUCCUUCCUGAAAAAUAAAGUCUGAAAACAGACAAUAUCUUGGAAGUGCAAUGUUUUUCCCAAGUUGUUGCUGGCCUUUCAUUUUUAUUUAUAGUGCUUGACAAAUUAAAAAAUGUUUAACACUGCCCCAUAGAGCACUGACAUUCUUGUAUUUUAUAUUAUAAAA